AUGUCGCCGACCACACCAAGAUCCCCUGCCCACAUCGUUCGGGGGCGCAAUGACCUCUGUCUCGUCAAAAGCACGAUACCGCAGAAUAUAGCGCGAGUCAUUCGCCCUCGGAAGUUGCGGGUCCACGUCCAGCUCGUCACCAACGACUGCGAACGUCGCAAAGAGAUUUUGGGCUGUGCGGUUCAACAGUAUCAACUCAUCUCCUUGACGCAGUAUCGCGCCUCUUCGCCUAAGCACCUUUGGGUGGAUUGCGUUGAGUGUCGCUUGCAUAUCCCGAGAUGGUAUGGGGCAGAGUAUCGGGUUGUGGAUGGUUCUUUCGAAUCAUCAUCGAGUCUUUGUAAAGGCUGCGACGCAGUGGAACUUGAGGGGGACGAUCAUAUCGGCAAGUGUCAAUGCGCAAUAUCCGGCGCUAUCGAUCUCUCAAACAGCAACUGCCCCCUCCACGCGGCGAGGAACCGGGUCAUCAAGGACGAAAGCUUUCCCGACGUAUUCUACCUUCCAACUUCGCGCCAGGACCUGCGUAUUGCCAUCCAUGAUAUAAUCAUGUUGUGGUACAAGGAAUCCUUUCGCAAGGAUCUUGGGCCCCAAGACUUUCGGGAUCCAGCCUACAGUACUCCUGAAGAGGUUCGCCGACGAAACUAUCACGAGGCGGAGUGCCGCAGAGUCAUCGACGUGCUGAAAAGAGUCAUGGAAUAUUCAGAGAAGGUCAGAUUUCACUUACUGUGGCAGGUAUUAGAGAAGCUCGAGCGCCUCGUACAACAAUUCCCUGAUCGUGACUUACCCAGUGGGUUGCUACCUCCAGAUAUCACCGACGUUGGCAGGAGUGUUAACGGCAAUGUGGGGAGAGACAAUUACAUAGAAGGAGAGCCCAGCGAGUCGUCCUACGUUACGACCAUCUGUCAGCGAGCCUUUGUCAACUAG